AUGUGUUUCUUUUUCUUCAAAUAUUUCUCAUUCAGACCUUCAUACCAGUACUUAAGGCAUUUAUUAGUCUUCAUUUAUGCCAUCGAGGAGAUUAACACGAACAAUGAGGUUCUACCAAACAUCACAUUGGGAUUCCAGAUCUACGAUGCUUGUUCGAGUCAGGUUAUGGCAUUGAUGAGUACAUUUAACAUCUUAUCAGAACAAGAAGAACCAGCCCCAAAUUUUAUUUGUGACAGGAAACCCAAGACGGUGGCAAUGAUUGGACAUUUGCUUUCAUCUGUAACCAACACUAUUGCCGAGGUUUCUCAGCUCUACAACUAUCCUCAGCUAAACUACUAUUUGAAAAACGUGCAUUUAAAACCUGAAUCCGGAGAAGACUUCUUCUUUGAUGAAAACGGAAACCCCCCUGAGAUAUUUGAUAUCUUAAACUGGAAUAUCUACAACAACGGAACAAUAAUCAAAACUCGAAUUGGUAGCUUCAAGUCUUCUACUACAAAUCUCGUGAUUAAUGGCAGUCAAAUUAAAUGGGAGUCUCAUUUUAAGGAGACCCCCUCAUCAACGUGCAGCGAGACAUGUUCUUCAGGCAACAGGAAAGCACAACAUUUGGGAAGACCAUCUUGUUGCUUUGACUGCGUUCCUUGUUCCGAAGGGGAAAUAACUAACUCAGCAAAUAUGGAGACCUGUCUGAAGUGCCCCGACGAUCAAUGGUCUAAUCCCGAGAGAAACCUCUGUAUCCUGAAAGCUAUUGACUUCUUAUCCUAUGGAGAACCACUAGGAGCCACAUUGUCGGCUUCUGCGUCCAUCUUGUUUCUACUGACUGCAGCUGUGUUCUUUGUCUUUGUAAAGCUCAGGAACACUGCCAUCGUCAGAGCCAACAAUCGGAACCUCAGUUACAUCCUUCUGAUAUCGCUCAUGUUUUCGUUCCUCUGUUCGUUUUUAUUUCUAGGCCGUCCGACGAUGGGGACCUGCCUGGUUAGACAAGCAGCUUUCGGGUUAAACUUUUCUGUUGCGAUUUCUUCUAUCCUGGGGAAAACAAUCGCUGUAGUCAUUGCUUUCAACGCGACAAAACCCAAUAGCAUGUUUAGGAAAUGCUUGAAGUGCAAAAUAUCUAUUUGGCUAGUUCCCCUUUGCUCCUUAGGAGAACUCAUAAUAUGUAUCAUCUGGUUGCUUUAUUCUCCACCAUUUGUAGACUUUGAUACUACAACAAUACCAGGCACAAUUGUCAUGCAUUGUAACGAAGGAUCCAUUGUUGCUUUUUAUACAGUAGUAGCUUACAUUGGGGCCUUGGCAUUUUUUAGUUUUCUUCUCGCUUUCAUGGUCCGUAAAUUACCAGAUACAUUCAACGAGGCUCAGUUUAUAACAUUCAGCAUGCUGGUUUUCUGCAGCGUUUGGGUCACUUUUAUCCCUGCGUAUCUCAGCUCAAAAGGGAAGCAUGUCGUAGCUGUGGAAAUAUUUACCAUUUUGGCCUCCACAGCGGGCUUGUUGUUUUUUAUAUUUGCCCCUAAGUGUUAUAUUGUGGUUCUGAAGCCUGAACGCAAUACAACAUCUUGGCCAAAUCAAGGUCAUCAUAGUUUUUCCAAAUUAAAAUUUUAUUGA